GUUGGAAAGCAUACUUACUCUCCAUGUUGGAAGCCUUAAGUCGAAGUACAUUAUUAUCAUCUUUAUCUAUACAGUUGGAGCAACAUAAGUUUAUUCCUCUCCCAAGAAAAUGGAUCCGAGGCUGUAUCGAUAUGCAAACUCCGGUGAUGUUCACUCCCUCAAGGAGCUUCUCGAUAGAGAUCCAAGCAUACUCCUGAGGUGCACUCCUCAAGGAAACACGGCCCUCCAUGUCGCUGCUAGAUCUAGGAAUACUCCAGUUAUCGCGGAGAUCUACAGCCGAUGCAAGUCCCUUCUCAUGCAGCGGAAUUCCGAGGGAGACACUCCCCUGCAUAUAGCUUCACAGGCUGGCCAUCUUCCAGUCGUGAAGUUUUUGGUCAGAGAGAUCACAUCCACCUCUCCUUCUCAGCUGGACAUUGAAAACGGUUGUGACCGCAGGUUCGAGAUGCUGAGAUGGGGAAAUAAAAUGAACAACACAGUCCUGCAUGAGGCGAUUAGAAACAACCAUUCGCAAGUGGUUAGGUUGUUAAUAAAUGCCGAUUCUCAUCUUGUACUUUGCGAAAAUCGUGCAGGAGAAUCCCCAUUGUACUUGGCUGCUAGAGGGGGCAUGAAAGAGAUUGUAAACUGGAUCUUGACAUCGUGCCAUUUAUCUGCUCAUGGUGGAUCAGAUGGCCAGACAGCUUUGCACGCUGCUGUAAGCACGAGACAUUCUGAUAUAGUGAAAGCCCUACUCGGGGCAAAGCCGGAGCCGAUCAAAGAACCCGACCACCAUGGCGGGACCCCUCUCUACUAUGCAGCUUUUUCUGGAUACCACAAAUUGGUCCAGCAAUCGUUAGAGCUCGAUAUCUCGACCGCAUAUGUGGUGGAUACCGAUGGUCUUUCGUCACUUCAUGCAGCAGCAAGUAAUGGACAUGCCAAGGUUAUAAAAGAGAUUAUUCGGCAAUGCCCAGAUGCUGGAGAAUUGGUAGACCAAAAGGGCCAAAACAUUCUUCAUGUUGCAGUCCUAAGUGGAAGAGCAAAUGUUGUCAGAUAUAUAUUGGACACUGUCGAGCUCGAGGGCCAAAUAAAUAUGCCCGAUCACAACGGUAAUACUCCUUUGCAUCUAAGUAUCAUGGAAAGGAGAAGUUGGAUUGCGGCUUACCCGUUGUGGGAUACGAGAGUUGAUCGAACAGCACGGAAUAUAAAAGGCGAAACAGCCUUCGACAUAGAUGACCCAACCAAGGAACCACAUGUAAUUCCCUCAGUCGCAAUGAUGAAUUGGCGACAACCAGGCCUCCCUCAAUUUUGGAAUCUCCGAGGAGGAUUUCCCCCCAGGACAAAUGAACAAAAAGCUGGUGUCUUGGAUUCAGAAAAAAGUUACAAGAAAAAUUGUCGGACCUUGUUGAUGAUCACGACACUCAUCACAGUUGUGACGUUCACGCCGGCUUUCACAAUGCCCGGCGGUUAUAACAGCAACGCUGGCCCCGGCCAAGGGGCGGCCCUUCUCCGAUCAAGCCGUUAUCUCAAGCGGUUCAUCAUCUCCGACACAAUCGCAAUGACCUGCUCCAUAAUGGCCGCUUCCGUCAUACUCUGGGGCGCCGCUUUCAGCAAGAGACGUUAUGUACAUUGCUACGUGAUCGCGGCUGUGCUCACAUACAUUGCGCUGCUAUCGAUCGGUGUAUCGUUCAUGACGGCUCUCCAUGCUGUUUUACCCGAUCAAAGAUAUGUCCACACCAUGACUAACAUAGCUGGCACUGCCUUCGAUGCCAUCACCCGCUUGUUUCUCUUCAGGCUGGCACAGAUUUUUUCCUUGUAUGAGAUCAGCCUCUCCUUGAUUUCCCGCCUCAGAAGGCUCAAGUACAUCAUCGGUUCCCAAAUAGCAAAGAAAUAA